AUGAGAAGAACCUUUAACAACCACGUUUACCAACCUUUGCCUAAUAGCGACAGAACCAAUGCUAUCGAGGAGCAAAACGAAGAAUUAACAGAGGCAUUGGGCGACAAAGUACACAUGUUAAAAUCGUUAACAAUCGAUUUAGGACAUGAAGUUAAAGAGCACAACAAGUUCCUGAGUGGAUUAGAAGAAGAUUUCGAAAGGUCGGGUGGUUUUUUAAGUAAAACCAUAAAUCGAGUUGUAAGAUUGGGAAAAGGCUCACACAAUUAUUACAUUCUAUACCUUUUACUUUUUUCAUUCAUUGUAUUUUUAAUAAUAUGGGUAUUGAUGAGAUAG